GGGUGCCACCGAUUGUACCGAAAAUAGCCAAUAUUUUCCCAGAUAACACUACACAGUCAAAAAUGAUUGUUGUUAAAGACAGAAUGUAUUGAAAAUUGUGAAAAAGAAUCACCUUCUUGCCAUCCAAGUUGUGAACACUACACAGUUGUUUUGAUUGCUGUACAAUUUAGGGAAUCAAAUUCAAAAUGGCUACCUCGGAUGAUGAAGAUAGUGUCUCCAACAUUGACUUCUCGGUGAUAAGUUCUUCCAUUGAUCUUGGCAGACCAAUGCUGGACCAGGUGGUAAAUGGUAUUCAUUAUGGCUCUCCUGAAAUCAGAAAUCUACUGCGCAAUGAAUGUGAUCUAAUAAUAGAGUGCAAGAUAUGCAGAAAUUUCUUUAGAUCUUUCCCAAACUUUGUUGCCCACAAGCGAGUGUACUGUUUAGAAAUGAAUGCUGAUAAACUCUACAAUAAUAGACAUGAGGCCAUGGUGAACAAUUCCCAGACAUCUGAAACUGUGGUUGUGGAACCAUCUGCACCAGAAGAUUCUUCACCAAUAGAAUCAAGUCAACAGGCCACAACGGUAGAAAAAUUAAUGAAUGGAAGUUUUCAAAGCACUUCAUCUGCCUUCAGACUAUACACAGAUGUGGCAGAGGAAAUGGAGAGGCAGAAAGCUAAUGCAAAGAAUACUGUUGUUAAAAUGACGCCAAUAGCAUCUAAUUCAAAUGCUGUGGUUGUAACUGUAACACAGGAGAAGAACAAAGAAAGCUGUGAGUGUGAUAUGACUGAAGAUGAAGGUGUCAGUGCACCAAGCUUGCUGCGGAACAUCUUAGAGAGGCCACUCCCUGUGUCUAAAGAGACCCAGAUUAAAGGUAAAUCUCCAGAAGAGAAAAAUGAAAAUUCAUUAUCUGUAGAAGACAAGAAAAGGGAAGGUAGCAAGCGAAAUGAAACCAGAAAACCAAUGGAGGAUUUGCGUCCUGUCCAGAGCAAUCUUGGUAGUGCAAAUAGGUCAUUUCUUAGUGAACUCAGCAAAAAGGGGUUGUGCCAUAUUAAAACUCUGGAAUGCUUAGUAUGCAAUAAGCAAAUGAGCUCCAAGAAAACAUUGUGGAACCAUAUGAAAUUUUUUCACUUGGGAGAAAAAACAGUAUAUCCUUGUCUUUUCUGUGACAAGACAUUUGGAAGAUUUUAUAAUAUAUCAAAGCACAUUAUGUCCUGCCAUGAUAAAUCACACAAAGACAUAGAAAAACUGAAGAGCAAAAUAAAAUCAUUGAGCUACAAAAUAGAUGAUAGUGGUGAGGAAUUGAGUCCAUCCAGUCAAAAAGAUACUGAAGUGCCAGAGGCAAGCAAAUCUGAAGGUCAAACAGUAGGAGGAAUUAAAAUCAUCAACUGUGAAGGUUGUAAGAAGGCAUUUUGGAAAAAAGAAACUUAUGCAUCUCACACAAAGCAAUGUAAAGCCUUAAACCCAUGUGAUAAAGUUAAGGAAAGUGUGACACCUCCAACAAAAGAGCGUAUAGGGAAGAACACUAACCAACAGGAUGACAAGACACAAUGUGAAAAGGUAUCAAGAACCAGUAGAAACACUUCACCAGAUAAGAUGAGUGUCAGUUCAGAGAGUUCUCCUGAACAGUCAUCUAACAGUGCAGAAAACCAGUCCAAGAAGGUCAUUCAGACACGACACACAACUGUUUCAAAUCAAGAGUCGUACAUGAAAACAAGAUUCCUUGACAAAAGAAGAGCUGUUUUGUAUGAAAGUCCUAAAAAAUCCAGUGCUUCUAUUACUAGUUCUGACUCUAGUCCAAAGCUUUCUCCAAAGAAAGGAUUUUCUCCUAGAAAGUUGAGCAAUAGUUCAAAUGGAUCAGACAGUCCCCUUAAUACAUCAGCAAAAUCAUCACCCAAGAAGACUAUGUCUAGUAAUAAUAAUGAUGAGAUAAUUCCAAAGGAAACAGAUGCCGAAUCUCCAAUAAAAACACCAGUAGAACGCAAUUUGGUCUCCGUCUUUGAAAAAGUAGGAACAAGGUCAAAAUCAAGAGGAAAAGAAGAGAAAGAAAGUAAAGCAUCCAUAUUGGAGUCAAAUAAUGAGAUUGCUCAUCCAAUUAAAUCUCAAGAUUUAUCUCCCCUAAGUGGAAAUGUCAUGCAGACAAGACAACGGAAAUCUAGAGAAGACAAAAGUAAAGAGCAAGAUGCCAAAGACAAAUGUAGGGAAACAAGCAAUGAUUCCAAUUCUAAUAAAAACAUUGACCAAAAGACAACGAAACAGAAAACUCCAUCCACAAGUAGCAACACAUCAAGGGAGUCUAGUCAAGAUCGUUUUAUUCACACAAGAAAGUCCAAGCAAUUGAUGGAAGCCAAAAAGGAACAAACAUCAAAGAAAGGUGAAGAAAAAGUACCCACUAGAGCAACACAGAAGGACACUCCCAAGAUGAAGAACAUGGAGGAAAAGAAUGAGAUAAUAGAAGAAGAAAUUCCUCAGUCAGAAAAGGUGGUUUAUACAAACUUGAAAAACGUAAGUCCAGAAGAGGAAAAAAUAAUGAAAAUGAGACAAAAGAUGCAGAGUCCUAAUAAGCACAUUUUUGCUAUUCAAGGUAAAGUUUCUGAGGAAAACAAAGAUAAUGAAAAAGAGGAAGAAACUACAACACAAUCUGAGGACUUAGAGGAGGUUCCUAAAGAUACGGAGAAGGAAGAGGUUUCCAGAAGUAGAAGGAAACAGGUUAUUUCUGUUCGUCAGUUUGAUGAGGUUGAUGGUGGAAAAGGAACACCUGUAUCAAAGCAUAAUACAAGGAGAUCUGUAGCCCAGAAAUCUACAUCCAGCACUCCUAACACAAGAAGUAGUAGCAUGGAUAAGAAAGAUAAUUCAGGCAAAAAGAAUCCAAAACCAAAACAAGAGAUAGCAGAAACAGCAAAGCAGAAGAUAGAUGAGAUAACUGGAGAUGAUCCUAAAGAAAAAGACAAAUAUGAUGGAGAGAAAAGGCAAAGACUCCGCAGUAAGGCAGACUGGAAUUCUGUGUCUGAUAAAGGUGAUAUCAAACAAAAAACACCAAAACAAGAUGAAGUGAAGGACAUAGAAACAGCAAAGGAUACUAGAUGCACAAUACAAACAAGAGGGAAAUCAACUCAUGCGCAUGAAGACAAACCAGAGAGUGUUAGUGGCACAAAUAUUGUUUACACUGCAAUUCAACCUAAGGCUCAAAGUAAGAUCUGGAAGAGUCCAAACGCUAAUGUAGUUAAGAUUCAGGAGAUCUGGGUGAAGAAAAAGCCAGGACAACCUACCGAAGAAGUGAAACAUAGUACAAUUACAGUGAGGAAAACUUCAACAGCUCAGAGGCGAUUAUGUGAGAAAUACAGACAUCCUAAGCGUGUUUAUGUGAUGAAAUCCAAAAAGUCAACCAAGCCUGUGUGUUUAGACAUGAAUAACAUUGAGUCAUUGCUUGACAGAGAAAAAAAGCAGUGCAAAGAAUGUGGAAUUCAAUUGAAGUCCAUGUCAAAUCUGAGAAGACAUAUAGUCCGUCAUCUUGGAUGGAAAAGAUAUAAAUGCAAAUUGUGCCCAUUUUCUAGUUUCAACAGAUCAGAAUGUAAUUCCCAUUUGCAAAGGAUACACAAAGAAAAGAUUGCAGGGAAGGAUAUCAACAAUCUUAUAAAAGAUCUGAAAAAAGAGGGGUCUGAAAAAAGACUUCAGAAGAAACAGCAGACUUUGAGAACAAAGCAGAGACUUGAGUCUGAAAUGGCAGCUUCAAAUUCAUAUAAGAAGGAGACGAAGAUUUCAAAAUUAAAAAUAUCUCCACAUAAAAAUGUGUCUCUUAAUCAGCCUGUGAAGUCCAUAAUCACAACCAGACGACGGUCACUGAUUCAGAGUGGUCAAGCAACAAAAUCUCCUGCUGAGACUCAGAAAUUGCCAGAGACAUCUAAAAGGAUGGAAACUGUAUCAGUUACCAAAGCCAAAAGUGAAGCAGAAACAACUUCAGAUGCUAAGCAGAAAAAUGAAGAAAACAAAAUAUGUCCUAAAAUAGAUGUGAAAGCCAGGAAGUGCAUAGAAUGCAGCAUAACAUUUGCAAAUGAUUAUAAUCUGUUUCGGCAUGUUCGGAACAUUCACAAGUUUGAUACAUCACAGCUAAAGAAAUCCAAGAAUGAUGCUGUAUCUAGUGUAAGUCCAACUUCCCUAACUAGUUCAGCAAACAACAAGAAAAUUUCCAAAGAUUCAAACAUGCAAGAUGACACUGCAUCUAUAAAAAGUGCUAGUUCAGAAAAAUCAGCACGGAAGAGGAAACGCCAGGACAGUGGGACCUCAUCAGAAAACAAGCUUAAGAAGACAGACAGUACCAAAUCUGCUCCUGAAGGGAGGAAAAGAUCUGCUAGUUUAGAUGGGUCAUACAAUGAAAAUGACAGCUCUAGUAUAAAUCAUGAUUUAUAUGAUAAUUUGUGCAGUGUGUCUGAUAAUGAAAAUGAUUUCAAUGACAGGAUAGGGUCUCCUACAAGGUCAGAAGAAGGAAUGAUUCGGUUAGAGCCUAGAGUGCAAACUAUGUUUGCAGCUUUAGAGGAAGCCAGAGCCACAGUGAGACAAAGAGGAAAGAAGCUGGGAAUAAGAAGGUUAAGUUCUCCUGUGAAAAAAGUAACUCCUUCACCUACUGACAAAAAAGUUACCCCUGUACGUAGUUCAGCAAGAAUAAAACAGGAAUCCAAAACACCUUCAACGAAAGAUGGACCAAGAGAAGGAGCAACGACAUCAUCAUCAUUAGAACAAGACAUAGAAGCUCAAUCUGAUUCAGUAUUGGCAAAAAGCAUGGAAACAGAAUCUGAAUUGGUAUCAUCAGAAGAGAUGGAAGUAAACUCUGAGUCUGUGUCAACACAGGACUUAAAAUCAAAUACAGAAGAAACAGAACAAACAGUGUGUGGUAUGAUUGGAAUUGAAAUGACAGAAAAGUCAGAGAUGAACUGUAGUUCUACAGAGGCCCUUGACCAAACAGAGAAGAGCAGUGAUAGUGAUAAAGUCAGUGCAGAGGAACAUGAAAAAGAUGUAGAGAAAUUAGCCUUGAAACAACCUGAAAACAAGUCAGUGGUAGCUGAAGACGAAAAAGAUAAAUCUGGUGAACAAUUACCCACUGAAACUUGUGAAAAAGUGCCUGAUCAUGCUGUUAACUAUGAAAGAGAUGAAAUGCAAAAGAUAGUGGAGCCAAAUAAAACUGAUGACAAAGAGAUAGUGGAUGAUAAAGACGAGAAGACUGUUAACAUGGAGAAUGAAGCUGACAACUCUCAACCAUCAGAGGUGGAAAAGAAAGAUGUGAAUCCAAAUGAUAAAGAGGCUGAGACAUCAGACACUGAAAAAAUGGAAUCCUUGAUUUGUGAAGACAGUGGUGUUGAAACCAUUGUAGAUGCCAAUUUGAAUGAAGGAAAAUAAAUUAAAAUUUCAAAGAAUUGAAUUUUGUUCAUUUUAGCAGUUUUAUGAUUGAAUCGUUCAAUGUCUAUCAUACAGAUAUGUUCACUUUUGACAGUUGAUAUUGAGUCAUUUUUUCAAGUGGAACUGAAACUUCUCAAAAGUUCUGCAUUACAGUAUCAUGUUUAAAUUGAAAAGUACUAUUUCUAUGAAAUGUUAAAUGAUGUUAUCAGUUGUUAAUCAAUGUAACAUUUAAACAUAUAUAUAUACCUUUACCCGGUGUAUUCUCAGUUACAUAUGUAUGUGAUGCAUUAAUAUUUUUAAGUAGAAAAGUGAAAAGGUAUUAAAACUGCACAUUAAAUUUGGUUGUAUUUUUUACUGCAUCUGAAGUUUUUUUUAUACAUACAUGUAUUUCACUGUAUUGUUGAAAUAUGAUUUGAGAUACAGUACAUUUAGAUGCCAUUGAGAGCUAGUGCAAUAUUUUUUAUUGUGUUGCAUGUGCUAAUGUAUUUUUUUUUAAAUGUUUCAGUGUCUAUUGUUUUCAGGUAAUUUGCUUGUUAAAUUCAAUAUUUUGGAUAAGAAUCCAAAUAUUGGAACAUUGUCAUGUACUGUUAAAGGGAAAGAUGGUCAAUUAGAAAUGUAUUGGAUAAAUUUGCUUUUAUCUUAAAUGUUGAAUCCACAUAUUGUUAGUACAUUUGUGUGUGCCUUGAUCAAUGUUGACCAGUUGCUGAUUGAGUUGAGCUAUGUAAUCUUAGAUUAUACCAUGUUAACUUUCUAGUUGAAGUUCAAAAGAAAAGAUUUUUAGCAUCAAUUGAAUAAUAAACCAUUCCGUCAGAGAUUGCAUUUUAUAAUGGUAGUCAUCUGUGUGAAAAAAGCUUAUGCUUAGAAGAAUCUUGCUUCUAUCAAUUUCCUUUGGUUUUUUGACAAACUUAAGGAGAAUUCUCUAGUCAAAUUAUUGCUAGAUAUACUUUGUAUGUACAUUGUUGAAAAGCCAUAUAUAUUUUUUUGGAACAUGCAUGUAAUCCUCUUAAGAAAUAAAUUUUU